CCUUUACCACAAGUUAUUAUUUUUGUGUUUUUGUGUUUAAGGUCCAUGUAUCUCUGAGAAGCUAUUAAAAGGCUUCCUGGAAAGAAAGAAAACCCAAGAAACAAAAAAACCAUGUGCCCCAUUGCAUAUGGCUCCACCUUACCAGGAAGGAUCACAGGCUGGUAGAAAUUGAAAUCGAAGUAGACCCAACAUUUUGCAGUCAUUGAAGCCUGAGCUCACUUGCAGUCCAAGGAAAGCCAUGCAGGAUGAAGACGGAUAUGUCACCUUAAAUGUUAAAACUGAAAAACCAGCUCUCACUUCAGCUAUCACGCAGCAACACAACCUACGAGCUGAGAAUGAACAUCUCUCAGGAACUCUGAAGCAAUUAGCAAGGAAGGUCUGCCAAGAUUUAAUAAAACAAUCAGGACAAGAGGAAAGACAUCAGUGCAGCCCAUGUGAGAAAAACUGGAGAUAUCAUGGAGACAGUUGCUAUGGAUUCUUCAGGCACAACUUGACCUGGGAAGAGAGUAAGAAGUACUGUAUCGACACCAGUGCUACGCUUCUGAAGAUCCCCAGCCAGAAUAUUCUGCAAUACCUCACCAGCAGGACUGGAUUAAUCCGUUGGGUUGGAUUGUCCCGCCAGAACUCCAAAGAGGCCUGGAUGUGGGAAGACGGCUCAGUCCCCUCCAAAAAUGUGAUUAAGUUUUCUGGAAAUGGAACAGAAAAUAUGAAUUGUGCUUAUUUUCAUAAUGGAAAAAUCCACCCUACCUUCUGUGAGAAUAAACAUUAUUUAAUGUGUGAGAGGAAGGCAGGCAUGCCAAAGGUGGACCAACUACUUUAAUGCAAAGAGAUGGGCAGGAUGUCACAGACAAGUGCUUGAUUGUAUAAUAAAAGAUCUGGAUGAAAGACU